AUGUCGAUAGCACCGAUCAUCACCUUCAAGGGUGGCAUCUGCGAACUAGAUACUUCCGUCACCCCCAACGCCGUCAAGGCCCGGCCUACGCCUGGAUACAUCUAUCUAUACUCGGAAGAUGACCUCGUCCACUUCUGCUGGCGGCCGCGGUCGGCGCCUAUAGACCAGCCGGAGCUUGACCUCGUCAUGGUGCCCUCCGACGGGACCUUCACGCCGUACAAACCCACCAGCGCCCAGAAACCGUCCAACCCCGAACGGCCUACGAACGGCAGAAUAUACGUCUUGAAGUUUGCUUCCAGCUCGCAGAGACACCUCUUCUGGCUGCAGUCGCGGAGUCAGCACGAGCAGGGUAACCCCGCGUGGUUCAGCUCGCGAGACCUGAAGCUGGGCCAGAUCGUCAAUACACUGCUGCAGGGCGAAGAUAUCGACGUGCAAGACGCCAUUGAUAGCCUGCCCCGGGAAGACGGCGGUAAUGAUGGCGGUGAUGAUGACGAGACCAUGGAAGACGUAGAGGGGACGGACCAUAGUCCUGAGAGACGACGGCAUGGCGGCAGCGGGGGUGCUGGACCUGGUGCUACUGGUGGUGACAUACGAGAAGAAGGUCAAGAAUCAAGAGAGGGAGGAGCAGAUGGCGGACGAGCCGCCGCCGGUUCGGAUCCCUCUUCCGUUGUACAAAACUUGCUUCAUUCCUUAAAAGGCAAUACCCAGCAAGAGACAGGAGAAUCACAAUACACCACUCUCGCCGAUCUACUAUCGACGCCGUCUACCUUACCUUUCCUUGAAUCGGCAGACGAAACAACCCUCAACCAGCUGCUUAGUUCUCUUCCCGAAUCAUUACAGCUCCUCUCCAAACAAAAUAACAAUGCACCAGUCGAGCGUAUUAGCGUCGACAAGAAGCGUACCGCCCUUCGUAAGGUCCUUCGCUCUCCGCAGUUUGCACAGAGCCUCGGUAGCCUUACCAUGGCUAUCAGAGACGGAGGACUUCCCAGCAUUAGCGACGCACUCAAGAUCCCGGUCCAGAACGGCGGGUUCAUGCGCCGCGGUGGUGUCCCGCUAGGAGGAGGAGAAGCCGUCCAGGCAUUCGUCGAAGGUGUCCGACAGCAGGUAGAGGACAGCCAGAAGGGUGACCACAUGGAGACAGACUGA